AUGUAUAAAUACGCCCAAAAUUCUCCGGUUGUGGUGCUGGAACCCGUUUUAAAACACAUACACAAACUAGAGGUUUCGGUUGAUCCUGAGCCAAAAAGACUCAAAUUGCAACAACAACAGCACCAACAACAACAACCUCUUCAUCAUCAGCUGCAACUGCAACAACCAAUUACAAUGUCAGCUCUGUCAGCUCAGCAACAACAACAGGGUAAACAAAGUUGCUCUUCAACCACAUUGCAUCACGACUCAUUGAAGGGUACAUUCACCCCCCUAACAACUACAAACUCUUAUGAUGGCUUGAUUCAAAAACCAAGCACUGUAUCUAUGAUUAAUGAACAGCAUUUUACCACUGGCCAACAACUGCUGGGUCAUAUGUAUUCACAACUGCAACUGAUUACAGUUAGUAGCAGCUUUGAUUGUCCUUGUGGUCACUUGCAUGGACCUGGACAAGGUCAUCAUGAAGACAUUGGUGCUAUUGGUUUUGCUCACUUUCCUUUGCUCAGAGGACCAGAUUAG